AUGCGGCGUACAAUCUUCGCAGCCGUGCGCGUUGGCCAGGAAGAGUUGGGGAGCGACUCCUCCGUCGGAGAGCGGAAAAGAGACCCGUGUGUGGCCGCCCCCGCCCUGGACGCCUUCGUGGAGCGGGUGCUGGCGGCGGGCCGGCUGGGACGCGUGGUGCUCGCCAACGCCUCGAGGUCUGCCAACGCCUCGGACCCCACCUGGGACUUCGCCUCGGCGUUCUUCUUCGCCAGCACGCUGGUCACCACCGUGGGCUACGGGUACACGACGCCGCUGACUGACGCGGGCAAGGCCUUCUCCAUCGCCUUUGCGCUCCUGGGCGUGCCGGCCACCAUGCUCCUGCUGACCGUCUCAGCCCAGCGCCUGUCGCUGCUGCUCACCCACGCGCCCCUGUCCUGGCUGAGCCAGCGCUGGGGCUGGGACCGCCGGCGGGCAGCCCGCUGGCACCUGGCAGUCCUGCUGGGGGUCGUGGUGAUCAUCUGCUUCCUGGUGCCAGCUGCAGUCUUUGCCCACCUUGAGGAGGCCUGGAGCUUCCUGGAUGCCUUUUACUUCUGCUUCAUCUCACUGUCCACCAUUGGCCUCGGUGACUAUGUGCCUGGAGAGGCCCCUGGCCAGCCCUACCGGGCCCUCUACAGGGUGCUGGUCACAGCCUACCUCUUCCUGGGCCUGGUUGCCAUGGUGCUUGUGCUGCAGACUGUCCGCCGCGUGUCCGACCUUCAUGGCCUCACGGAGCUCAUCCUGCUCCCCAACCCGUGCCCCACCAGCCUCGACCAGGAUGAGGAAGAUCGGGUAGACAUUCUGGACCCCCGGUCAGAGCCACACCAGCAACUCACUGCCGGCUCCCACACUGACUAUGCCUCCAUCUCCAGGUAGCUGCGGCAGGUGCCGUGAGGCUGGACAGACCAGCUGAGGGGCCCACGUGACUGAAACUGAUGGACUAGAAUGUCCAGUAGCACACGCUGGUGUUCGGGAGGCACUGCUUAACUGUCCGUCCUUUGUUUUACCUGUCCCGGGCUCCGCGGGCAUCACCACCUCCUUGUUUCCCCUGCCCCUCCUGUCACUUCGCCCUCCACCCCUACACUGUAUGCCUCCCUGGCUUUCUGUCCAUUUCUGUCCUUCCCUCUCAUCAUCUCCUUGUUUCUCAUUCUUUUAAUCACUCCAACAGCCUCUCACUCAGCCACUCAUCGUCUGCUGAUCCUACCAGGCUCUGGGCUCAGACCUCAUUUUGGGCACUAGAUCAGUCACUCCAUCUUGGAUAAGUGACUGUCCCUUUCUGAGCCUUGAUUUCCUCAUCUGUCAGUGGAAAGAAUUUAUGCACUCAUCCAAAGCCAUCUCCUUUGUGCCGGCCCAUACUGGGCAGUGCUAAGGACACAAUAUUUAAGACAGCCUGGGUCCCACUCUCAAGGGGCCAUGUUAUUCUAAGAUGAUUUCUUUGGCCAAGCCCUGUUCUGGGUACUCUACUUGUGAGGAAGACAGUAUUAUCACCCCUUUCCAUAGCUUAGGAAACUGAGGCACAGGGAGGAGAGGUCCCUUUUGUCUUAGACACAGAGCUAGGAGGUGAUUGAUUUUCUGUUUACUGCCCCUGACAUUUGUCGCCUCCCAAGAUGGUAUAUCAGUAAUAGCAUUUACUGCCAACAGUCCAUCUCCUGAGCUGUUACCUCUACCAAGCCCUGUGGAGGUCCCAGAAGAGAAAGGGCAUUUGAGCCAGGCCUUGACAGUGGACAAGGAGAAAGGGCAUGGCGAGGCAUUCCAGGCGGAAGGACUGUGUGUGCAAAGGCCUGGAUGUACGAAAGUAUGUUGGACAUCAGCUUCUGGCAAGCCAUUUCCUGUGACUGGAGUAUGCAGAGAACGAGGGAAGGAGGGUGAAGCAGUGGACGUGGGCACAUCUUAAGCAUCCUUAACUGACCAACUCUGGAACGUGGUCUCUUUCUUGAGGGCACUAGAGCGUCAUGGAAGUGUUUGAGCUGGAGAGGGCUGUGGUUAGGUUUGGGCUUUAGCUGCUGUGUGGAGAUAGACCAGAGGGGGAGAUUGAGGCUGGGGGCCCAGGGGAGGCUAGGGCAGGAACAGAGCAGGAGGCAAUGGGGCUGGACAGGGCUAAGGGAAGGGGAGGAAACAUGCUGAGGAGGCCAAGUGGACAGGCCAUAGGCCUUUAGACCUGGGAAGGACAGGCCAGGGAAAAGUCCAAAGAUGGUUAGCUACCUCUGAGAUGGGGACCUGGGAUAAAACUGAUUUGAGGGGAGAUGAUGAGGCUUGUUUGGAACAUGGUGGCUGUGAAGGUCUAAAGGGAUGUCCAGGAGAAGGCAUCAGGAGGUCAUAGGACCCUCAAGGCAAGGGCUCAGGGGGUGGUUGAAGCUGGAGACAGAUGAGGAAAUUGAGGUCAUGAGGGUGGAUAUGACAGCCCUGAGUGGGAAUGGAGAAGACUAGCUUUGAGAAAUCAGCUUUAGGGUAUUUAUGUAUUUAGAUCAAUAAGGAAAGAUUUGGACUGCAGGUAACAAAAUCCUGUCUGGCACUGGGUGAAGCAACAAGAUGGUCGUAUAUUGCACAUUGCCAGCGUUGGGGAGAGCUCUGGGCAUGAUACAAUCCGCAGCUCCAGGAGGGUCUUGUGGCCCUAGGUUCCCUCUCUCUCUGCUCAGCUACCCUCAGUGGAAGGCUUGGCUCCCACGUGGGCUUUCAUGGCUCCACAGAUCCAGGCACCAUAACCCAGACAUGUUAAUGUUUAAUGGAAGAAGAGGGGUGAUGUCUCUUCCCAUGUUGUCUCUUUGGAAACAAGUUAAUCUUUCCCUGAUGUCUCCCAGCAGACUUCCUUUUGCAUCUCAUUGGCCAAAAUUGGCUCACAUGCAUAUCUUGAACCAAUCGUUGGCUAAAGUGACGGCACCAUCAUGAUUAGCUUGGAUUCCUCAGAAUUUCCUCUGCUGCCCAGGACUGAGGCUGAGGCUGAGGUUUUAGUUUGCAGGCUGUCAAAUACCUGAACAAAACUGGGCUUCUAUUAGUAAGGCAGAAAGUUGGGAGAAUGGGCGGACACUGAGGAACUAGUCAGCCAGGGCCAUCAUGUACAAUUAUGCAGGUUGGGACCAACGUAAGGGAUGCCUGGCCUGCAGGGUGGAAACAAAUGGGGGCUGAAGUUCAAGACUGAAUAUGCCCGAAGGGGCUUUCUUUUUCUAAUGAACAUAACAGCUUCAUAUGGUGAGCAGUGUCCCUUCAAAUAAUGUCCUCAUACCAGAGAGAAGAGCUUACAAAGGAGACAGAAGUUCCAGAGAAGAGUAGCAAAACCAGGAAGGCGGGGAGUAUUGGUAAGAUGAGAGAAUCUUAAGGAGGGAGAAGUCAACACUGUCAAAUGAUGCUAAAAAACCACAUAAAAUUGUUUUAAUAAUAAUGAUGGAAGACACUUAUAUGGGAUUUAUUAUGUCCCAGGCACUGUUCCAAGCCCUCGAUACACAAGAAUUUAUUUAACCCUCUCAGCAACUCUGAGUCAGGUACAUUCUCCAAAUUGCAGGUGGGGAAAGGAGGCUCAGAGAGGCUAAGGAACUUACCCAAGAUUACACAGGAAGUGCAGAACUGGAAUUUAACCAGGUUUGGGUUGGUUACCUUGUCCCAUGGAGGCUUAGAAACGUUCACUGUCUGUCUCUUAGCCUCCCAGCCUUCCUAGCCAUUGUUGGCCCUGCUGCUAAAGUCAGCAGCUAGGUGAAGAGGCAGCGGCUUGAGGGAAGUGCCUGUAUGAUCUGGCUUCUGUGCCUCACCAGUUCUCCUUCCACAUUCCUCUAGACAAGGAAACCAGGCCACACUCAUUUCAAGAUUUUUUUUUUAAAUGUGCAUGCUAAAAAGUUGAAAAAGUACAGAAGAGUGUACAGAAAGUAAGUCUUUCUCCUGUAUGCAGGCUGUGUUGACGGAUUUCUCAGGUCUCCUUCCAGGCAUGUGCCAGCAAAAUACAUGUGUGUGUAUAUGUGUGUCAUUAAUUUUUUUCUUUCACUCUGCAUAAGUGGUACCUGGUAUGGUGAGGUGGUGACAAUUACAGAUUCUGGAGGCCAAGUUCCUGGGUAUUAAUCUGAAUUCAAUCACUUGCAAGCUCUGUGGUUUUGGGCAAGUUAUUUCACCUGCCUUUGCCUGAGUUUGCCAGUCUGUGAAAUGGGAUGAUCAUAACACCUACCUCAUGGAUUUGUCUGAGAAUGAAGCAAUUUAAUAUCUGUAAAGCUCUUAGAACCGUGUCUGGUACUCAAUAAAAUGUCAGCUAGUGGUUAUACUCA